AUGCAGCUCYUGGGUGACAUCCUGGUCAUCGUCCUGGCCGCGCACUUCACCAAGGACUUCACUCCUGCCUGCCAGGCCACGUGGCAGAAGCUGGUCGGGGUGGUGGCACAUGCCCUGGCCCACAACCCCAGCCAGUGUGUCCGUGGGCUGAGAUUAGGCCAAGCCGUCUAUAAAAAUCCCUGGGGCAGCCCCCGGCGCCACAUCGUCCUCAUUGCUCAGAGAAACCCCAACAGCCCCUCUGCCAGCACCAUGGUGAACUGGACAGCCGAGGAGAAGGCUCUCAUCACCGGCCUCUGGAGCAAGGUCAAUGUGGCCGAGUGCGGCGCCGAGGCACUGGCCAGUGAGCAGAGCAGGACGCUCCUGGGUGACAUCCUCCUUGUUGUCUUGGCUGCCAACUAUGGCAAGGAUUUCACCCCUGCCUGCCAGGCUGCCUGGCAGAAGAUGGUCCGUGUGGUGGCCCAUGCACUGGCCCAUGAGUACCACUGA